CGGCGACACCGGCUGCUAUCUUGCUCUCGGGCAGAGGGAAACGUCGUUGACAGCCGCACUCGAGUCGUUGAGUAGAGCAGCCACCGGCCAGAUCUUCCCAGCCCACCGGCGGCGAUGGCGGCUCCUCCUGCGACGUCCUGCGCGGCCGCCAACUCCUCCUCCUGCGCGCGGCUGCCCAGCGCGCCUCUGCGUGCGCCGAGAGCCGCCACCGCCGCCGUCUCCUUCCCCUCCCUCCCACGGCCGGCCGCGCUGACCGCACGAGCUUGGCCGUCGCGGCGCCCGGACGUGGCUGCCGCCGCGGGGCACCAGAAGCUGAUGGGGUCGCUGACCAACACCGAGGGACUCAGGUUUGGGGUGGUUGUGGCACGGUUUAAUGAGAUCGUGACAAACUUGCUACUGCAGGGGGCCCUGGAGACAUUCGAGCGAUACUCUGUCAAAGCGGAAAAUAUUACAGUUGUUAGUGUUCCUGGAAGCUUUGAAGUUCCUGUUACGGCACAAAAGCUUGCGAAGUCUGGAAAAUUUGAUGCCAUUCUGUGCAUUGGAGCUGUGAUUAGAGGUGAUACAACCCACUAUGAUGCUGUUGCGAAUUCUGCUGCAUCAGGUGUACUCUCUGCUGGAUUGUCUGCUGGUAUUCCUUGCGUAUUCGGUGUUCUAACCUGUGAAGAUAUGGACCAGGCACUAAAUCGUGCUGGUGGCAAGGCCGGAAACAAGGGUGCUGAAGCUGCUGUUACUGCUAUUGAGAUGGCCUCGCUGUUUCAGCAUCACUUAGGCUGACACACCGUGCAUUCUGAUUUCUUCGAGGCGACAACCUUUCCUCCCGUCCACGGAUAUCAGAGUUUUGGCUACUAGAGCUUUUUGGCAGCAAAGGCUAGCAUCUACGCUACUGUUCUAAUGUCCAAAUUGGUUGGUCCGGAUGCUGAUCGGUUGUUUCCCUCCUCGAUGGUUUGCAAAACUCAAGAAACAUUUUGUUCAACUGUAUUCCGUGAGAAAUUUUAGCCCAUGAAUAAUUGUUAACAAAUACGGUACAUGUUCAUGAAUAAAGCUGCAUUGCUGUGCGUUUCCAUGGA